AUGUCAAUUAAAGUGCUACUUACUCUAUUUCUGGCGUUCCUAACUCUGGCCAACGGUGUAAGCAUAUUGGAUUUCUUGGAUUUGGUUGAUGACAAGAAAUUGAUAAAGGUACCAGAAUUGCGAAAUGAUCAGCCAAACAGAAACUGCAUGUGUAAAGGUCCGGCUUGCGUGUGCUGUGUUGAAUUUAACAUGACUAUCGUUGAUCUUGGAGGUCCAGGUUGUGUUCAUAUGAAGUAUGUGUCCCCAGAGGAAGGAUUUUCUGUAAACGUUUCUUAUGGCAAGAGUCUUAUACAUAGUUCUAAAUUGCAAGGCCCAAAUCCAGCACCCAUUUGUUUAGAAGUUUUCGGAAAGUUUGCACAGGUUUGCGCUAAAUUUAAUGACCUAGCGCCAACUUCUGAUGGUCUCAGAGGUUGUAUAGAAUUAGAACCAAGACUGCUGGGAGAAGCUCAGUUAGACUUUCCUAUUGGUUGCUUUAAAUCGACUCCUGGUGGAAUGGAAAUGGAAGCUCCUCCAGAAGAGCCCGAAGAAACAACUGAAGAAACUGCAACAGAAGAAAACAGUGAUUUUGACGCUGAAUCAUUUUUAUCGAAUGUAUUUCAUACAGCAGAGCAAGGAGUGGCUUUUUUAAGUAGCCUUUUCGAUAUUUCACCAAAAAGAAAUGAAACGACCACGAUCAAACCUACUACUAGCGCCGAGCAAGAGACAGAAACUUCCCAAAGGCGAGCUCCAAAGAAUUUAAGGCAUCCAAAUCAAUUGUGA